UGAACUAAACUUGACACAAUACUCCCCUUUAAUUCUCUUUCUCUAUUCCUUUCUCUUUCUCUCUUAAACACAAAAUAUACCAUGGCACAUGUCCUAAGUGAAGAACAAAUUGUUGAUUUCAAAGAGGCCUUUAGUUUGUUUGACAAAGAUGGAGAUGGUUGCAUUACCGUGGAAGAAUUAGCCACUGUUAUUCGGUCAUUAGAUCAAAAUCCCACUGAAGAAGAGCUACAAGAUAUGAUAAGUGAAGUUGAUGCAGAUGGCAAUGGAACCAUUGAAUUUGAUGAGUUCUUGAACUUGAUGGCUAGGAAAAUGAAAGACACUGAUGCAGAGGAGGAGCUUAGAGAGGCUUUCAAGGUCUUUGACAAAGAUCAAAAUGGCUAUAUAUCAGCCAGUGAGUUGAGACACGUGAUGAUAAAUCUAGGUGAAAAACUAAGUGAUGAGGAGGUAGAGCAGAUGAUUAAAGAAGCAGAUAUGGAUGGUGAUGGUCAAGUUGACUUUGAUGAAUUCGUCAAGAUGAUGAUGACCAUUCGAUGAAAAAAAUCUCAUCUCAAUUGGAGGAUAUUGGUCAUUCAAAUUCAUUGGCUUAAUUUCAAACCUCAUUCCCUUUCCAAAAUUGUUGUAUUUUAUAGUUGUAUUGUACCUAGUGGUCCAUAAAAAAAAUGAUGGUAAUUAACCAAGCAUUAGUUAGUUAACCACAUAUCUAGUUCCCAACCCAAAAUUGUUAUUCUUUUAAUCCUGCUUUUGUGUUAUAUAAUAUAACGCAAUUUCUUCUUUUAUAAAUUUUAUUUUUAAGUGUUGGUCUUU